AAUGAAUCACUAGUAGUUAAAAACAAUACAUUUCUUUUUGUAGAAUUCAAUAGUUACAAAAAACUGUUUAAUGAUUUGAUUCUAAUUUAAAAAGUUUAUAUAAAAAUUGUGUUAUAUUAAAGAUAAAUUAAGCACAAUGCCUUUGGCUGGUCCCAAUAAUCGGGAUCGUGUUAGAGAUCCUCGUGAAGAGAUACUAUUGGAGACAAAUUUCGAAGACGAUGGAGUUUUAACGCGAGCCUACAAUAAUAAUCCCUAUAACAAUCGUCGGCGUCCCACCUACCGUUCGGAUCAAUCACUUGAUCGUUAUACAGAACGUGAUGGUAGUGAAGGUGAUUGCUGUCAGUCAUGUAUGGCGCGCAUACCCUAUGCCACCCUAAUAGCGACACUAAUGUGUCUCUUAGGUGUUGGUAUUUUCUGUGGCACCAUGUAUCGAGGCGCUUCUUUAACCGUUAUUAUGGUAGAUCAAGUCUUUCAUUUGCGUUUAAUAUGGAUUGAAGCAGUGCAAAUGAUUUUUGUUACCAUUGCCGCUGCCAUGGCUGCUUUGGGUUUUAUGAUAUUAUUUGUUGGUUUUCUGGCAACUGGAGCGACUCGUUACAAGGUCUAUCGAGCAUGGCGUUCGCGUGUUGGCGGUCGUAUAUCAUGUGCAGUGCUAAUGGGUUUAACUUAUUUGCUUAACUUUGUGUGGACCUUAAUCUUGUGUUUUUUGGUUAUUUGCACCUUUAUUUACACCAUGUUCUGGAAUAUGUGCUCGAGUGUGGAGAGCUCUUCAAGCUGUAUAGAUUUAACACAAUUUCAUUUCAUGUUUCCCGCCAACACCAAACCGGAAGACAUGAAAAUAUGUGAAAAAUACGAAAUUAAGGCAUUCUGUAAAGAUGGCGUAGAAAAUGCCGAAGUUAUGUUCAUAUUGGCCACCCUGGCCACUCUACUGGUCAUACUCAGUCUGGUGCACUAUCUAAUGUGCUUGUCGGCCAACUAUGCACACAUACGGGAUCAUGAGAAAUUCCAGGAGUUGCAAGAAAUACAAAAUCUCAACGAACUAGAAUAUAGCGCCACAUCAAAAGAUCGUUUCUAGGACAUAUUUCAGAAGAUUCAUUUUGAGCUUAAGGAGAAGUAAGAAGAACAACAACAACAAUAACAAACAUAUAUGCCAACAUUAAUUUGUUUUAGCUAUCACAAUUUUGUUUAAAUAGACAUCAACAAAAUAUAUAACAUUUAUACAGAAAGACAUACAUACAUAUUUCAUUGUUUAUAUUAAUUAAUUAGUUAGUUAUUAUUAUAUUUAAAUUUAAGUUAAAAAAUUAUUUUUUACAUUUUCUAUUUUCAUUAUUUUUAUUUUAUUCAUUUUUUUUCAUAUUUAAUUAUUAGUUAAUUAGUUUAUUAUUAAACCAGUUUUUUAGACCGUUUUUAGGUCUUUAAACAACGAAUCAAAACAUAUCAAUUUAUUUUUAUACUUUUCAUUCUACAAUGACUACAAUGCCCUCCAGGUUUUUAAUUUCCUCCGUCCUUAGAAUAGGGUUCAACAUUUCUUAAAGAAAACUUUAAUCUGCCUAAAUAAAUUUUGUGUUUAUUUUGUAUUUUUUUUUUUCAUUAGUUUAAAUAAAAUGUUAUAAAUUAAUUAUUCAAAUGUGUGGGAAACUGUUAAUGUCUUCAAAACGUUUUCGCUGAACCAAAGAAUAUGAACCAAUUCGUGUCCGUAAUUCUACUGACGGUUUGCCAAGAUGUAGGGUUCAGUAAAUUUAGCAUUGAACCUAAAUUUUUUGCUUUUGAAAAGAAAAUAAUCCCUCCCUCUAUUCUGUACAUCGAAUCCGAGUAGUUUUCUGUAAGUCGAAUCCACAUGAUUUACUCGUUUUACUAUCGAGUACACAAACGUGUUUCCAUGUACAAAAUCGUGCGAUUUGCAAUUAUUCGUUUUUGAAAAUCACUCGUUUUUGAAAGCACUCGAUUUACGGAACAGGAGCCAAUACGUUUGUUAAAAAAAGUGUGGCAUUACUACCAAAAAUUUGCAACAACAACCGUUUGACAUAAAGCAGUGAUGUCAAAUAUGCGUUUUUUAUUAUGCUACAAUUACGAACUUAGCCAGUUCUUUUAAAUAAAUCGUUCUUAAAAACAUUUAAAUCUGUUAGCUAUUGAAUCAAUGCCAUUUUCAGGAUCUUAUAUAACAACCUAGCUAUGUUUUUUAUAUAUUUUGUUAUUUAUUUUAGCCAUUUAUUUUUUAUUUUGAUAUCUUUAUUUUAAUAAACAAAAUACACCAAACAUUAACACUUUACAUCCAUUUUUAUAUUGAUAUUGUGCUCAAAAUGAAUUCUUCUGAAUUUGCUUGUAAAAAUAUGCCACACACAUACAUAAUUUAAAGACAAGAAAAAAUGCAAAAUUUAAGUUUAAAUAAAAUUAAUAUAGAGACACAUUUAGAUUAAGUUUUUUUGGCAAUAAAAAAAAGCAGUAAAAUAUAAAGACUAAUUGAAAUUACGAAGAACAUAUUUGAAUUCUUUCAUGCAUUUCUUUCUUCUUCUAUUCUCUUCUAAUCACAUGUUUAUUACUAGCAAAAAUGUAGGCUUUUUUCUGCCCAUUGACACAUUAGAUUUAGUAAAAUGUAAUUUAUAUGAAAAGAAAAUACUAACUGUAAAUUUCGUUUUCCAAGUAUUUGAAUUAUUUUAUGCAAAAACAGUUAAAGAAUGAAUUCUCAAAGGAAUGAAUAAAAUACGUUUAAAGUUCUAAUGAAUUAAGUUUAUGAAUUAAUUCGUAUUUGUAUAAAAUCUUUCUAUUAACAAUUUAGAUUUAAAUCUAUUAAAUAAUUGUCAAAAAUAUUAUUAGAAAAACAAAUUUUCAAUUAGAAAAUAUGAUACUUUUAAGGUUAUGUUUAUAUUUCAUCCAGAACAUAUAGGUUAGGCUCUAUAGGCAGCCACUCAUCAAGCAGCUUUCUUGGGUCGAUUCAAAACUGAUACCAUUGUGAUACCCAAGAAGUAAAUUGCUGGAUAUUUAUGCGUCACAGAUUCAACUCAUCUAAACACGAGAGGAAGGGGGCUCCAAAAAUACGUUCCCUCGAGUUUGUCAGAGCCUGGAUUGGCAGAAUAGUUGGGUCACAGUCUGCUCCUCUUACAGCUUAUUUAAAUAUGAAAAGUAUUUAAUCAAAAUUUGGUUAUACAAUUGAGAUAAAUUUUUGAGGUUAUGUUAUGCAGUGUUUGGUAUGAAAAUUUUGAAAAAAUAUUAAAAUAAAACUAAUUUUCACUUUGAAAACAAGAUAUUUAAGAGGUUAUGUUUAUUAUAUGUCCAGAAAUUAAGAUGUUUACUUUGGAAUUUCUUUUUUUUUCCAGUCUUUAUAACUUUAAACUCAAAUCAAAAUGUGUCUAAUUAAAAAAUAUAAAUUAAAAUUUAGCCUAAUAUAUUUAAAUUUAAAAACGAAAUUAAUUGCAAUUUUAAAUUGUUUUGUAGUAACUACUCCAAAUCUUAAAAAUUUAAUUAAUAAACAACAAAAGCAAUAUACAUAAUUGGAAAGCUUUUAAUAAAAAAAAUUUAAAUGUACAACCACAAAAAAAACGAUUAACAACGAUUUAAUUUUGUACGAAAAUUGUAACAGAAUGUAAUUAAUAUAUGAACAAACUGCCAAUUAGACCUUUAAAUUAAAAAUUUUAAGUAUCAUAUUGACAUUAUGUAAAUAAAUGCAUGGCUAAAAUAAAGAUAAAAUGCAGAGUCAUUUUAUAAAACAAAAAAAGAUUCCUGUCCGAGUAACGUUAUCGAUUUUAAACGUUUUCAUAGUAUAUUUUGAAAUUCUGCAAAUCGUUAAAUUUACAUUAAAACCUGUUUCGUGCGAUUUGCUGAAUAUCAAUUUGACAAUUAUUCGUUUUUGAAAGUACUCGAUUUACAGAACAGGAGGUAUAUCUUAGUCCAUUUUUACAAUGCAGAAAUUGAAAAGCCGACAGAAAAAGUUAGUUGGCGAGGGAUAGAAGAGGUAAAGUGUGUGAAGUACAAAGAUUUAGCCAAGUUCAAAAGAGAAUUUCUGCAUUGUAAAGGAAGACUUAAUUGACAAUUAUCUAUUUACAAAACAUUUGGCUACAAAAUGCAUUGAAAUUCUUUAGAAUAUAAACUCUUUUUACUAAAUACUUACCAUCUACACUAACCCACUGUACUAUAAAAUAAAAAAAAUAAAAUAAAACAACUUUUUAAAUUUAUAUAAAAAAUAAAUUAAAUUGUAAUUAUCUAAUAUAUUGUAUAUUUUACAAAAAUUCUUUUUAAAUAAAAAAAAAAAAAUACUUUAUACAUUGAAAA